AUGAUGACCAAAUCCUGGAUCCUUGCUGGUUGCAUGAUGUUUGCCUUCUCAAACGCUACAUCCACGAACCUCCUUCAAGAACGCAACAUUCCACUUAACCUGGCUCUGGAGAUUGCAGAGUCUUCCGUCCAGGCCUGCGCCAAGGACGGAUAUAGCGUGUCAGCAGCUGUGGUUGGCCGUGAUGGCAUCUUGCGUGCUCUGCUUCGGGCUGAUCAAGCAGCUAUCCACACACCCGAGGCGGCGCGUAGGAAGGCCUAUACAUCUGCGUCGUCGCGUACGGCAACCAGCGCCAUGGUGAAGAACAUUCAAAAUCCUGGCGCUUCUCAGCUUGUAUCAAUUGACGACUUCCUCAUUCUCGCCGGUGGUGUGCCAAUCAAAGUCGGAAACGAGACGAUCGGCGCCGUUGGUGUCGGUGGUGCUCCCAGUGGUGAUCUCGACGAAGCUUGCGCGCUGGCCGCACUCCGGAAAGUGGCAGGCAAGCUAGACUGA